GGCGGGCAUGCUGGGAUGUGUGUGUAACUCGCACAUUCACGCGAACGCACGCACGCACGCACGCGAACGCACGCACGCACACACUCUGUAGGCGCGCGCGAGCAGCUCGCGUGUGUGUCGCGGCGUCGCGCAGGAAAUCAACGGGAGCUCGACCUUGACAGACCGAGAGACCGUCAUCCCCCUCGUCUUCAUCCUCAUCCUCAUCCUCGGCGCGAGCUUGCGGUUCGGCGCGCGCGAAGCCCAGCUGGCACUUCCUGGGGUGUAAGGGACCGCUGCUGUCACGAUGGACGCCCAAUCACAAGGCCAGCAGUCGCCGAUGCCAGCGUUUCAGCCACAGAAAAUCCAACAAGAUAUGGGCUACAACAGUUUAGCCAAUUUUCACGUUAUAAAGAAGAUCGGAAGGGGACAGUUCAGCGAGGUUUAUCGCGCUACAUGCAUGCUAGACCAUACACCAGUAGCUUUGAAAAAAGUGCAGAUAUUCGACUUGAUGGAUGCCAAAGCUCGGCAAGAUUGCAUCAAAGAAAUAGAUCUCCUGAAGCAAUUGAACCACCCCAACGUAAUUAAAUACCACGCGUCAUUCAUUGAAGAGAACGAGCUAAAUAUAGUACUGGAACUCGCAGACGCCGGGGACCUCUCACAAAUGAUAAAGCAUUUCAAGAAACAAAGACGGCUGAUUCCUGAGAAGACAGUAUGGAAGUACUUUGUUCAGCUGUGUAGUGCGCUGGAGCACAUGCACUCCCGCCGCGUCAUGCACAGAGACAUUAAACCCGCUAACGUCUUCAUCACAGCCACUGGAGUGGUGAAACUGGGCGACUUAGGCUUGGGACGCUUCUUCAGUUCCAAAACAACCGCUGCUCAUUCUCUAGUGGGCACCCCAUAUUACAUGUCUCCCGAGCGAAUACACGAAAACGGAUAUAACUUCAAAUCUGACAUCUGGUCGCUAGGCUGCCUGCUCUAUGAGAUGGCCGCCUUGCAGAGCCCAUUCUACGGGGACAAAAUGAACCUCUACUCGCUGUGUAAAAAGAUUGAGCAGUGUGACUAUCCACCACUACCGUCUGACCAUUACUCUGAAGAGCUGAGAAAACUGGUAGACAUGUGCAUCAACCCCGACCCAGAGAAAAGGCCUGACAUCACCUACGUAUAUGGCAUUGCCAAACACAUGCACUCCUCGACGAUCGCAAACUAAGUCUGCUAUCCUUCUUCUUGCUUCUACUUUUAAGACCUUCGUCUGGCCCACAAAUGUCAUUUAAAGCUUGUUUUGCUCCAACGUAAUGCAACCUGGCAUCUUUCAGUACAAAAAAUACAACACACGGCACAAAGCAAGGCCUUUGGGUUACUAGAACGAUGUCAAAAAGACGAAUCCAACCAUUGACCUUUUAAAAUUUAGCGCUUCUAAGAAGAAAAAGGAAAAGUAAGCAGUGUUGUAAACUGGUUUCACUUGACUUGUGCUCUUUCCGAUGUCGGUAUCAUGUGAUGAUCGCAUAUUUACGUCCAUUUGUCGGUUGUUGUUUGUUUGUUGUUCACUAGCAUGAAGUGUGAUCCUGAUACACUUUCAAAAAUCCCACAACGGCCAUUCCAAGAACUUUUUUCACAGCGAAGCCUUAGGAGAAAAGCAUCUCUAUAAAACAGAGAAUUAAAAUUCCCCUUGCCUUUUGAAAUUUCAGAGGUUUAAAAGAAGCAUGAGAUCAUGGUGGUAUUUGUCGCGAUUUCCAAAGGCUGAAUAACUAGUCCGUAUCUAAACCUUAAAAACGUAUCUUGUCCAUCCUUUCUUCGCCUAAACAUUUAUCGCAAUGCUACAUGAGCCUAAGAUCUUUUAAAAUGCCUUAAAUAAAUCAUGACAAUCAUUUGCGUUCGCCAGGUUUCGUGUAGUGCAUUCAGGAUGAAGUCCGUUUCUCAAAGGCACAUCCUUCCCAGUAUCCGCACCUCUGCGGCUGAUACUUGAACUUUAAUAAAUGAUUAACGCAAAGGCCUCACGCGAGAUGCAAUAACUUAUAAAUAUUCACGCAGCCCCUCAUAGUGCCUUAGUUCCGUACUUCAGAAAACGCGAAAAACAGUGCCUUUCUUCCUGUAAACCAAAACACAUUCUUAUACAGAAUUCGCAACAAUUACAUCAUUCAGUCGUUUUUUACGACAACCUAGCAUCCUGAAAGAGGUACAUUUACAAAUGGCUUCUUUUUCCAGCGCAACGCGCGGGUUCGUACGGUUCCGCUACGUUCGCCGAAACAUCUCGACCUCUCCCAGACCGCGCCGCUUUCAGAAUGUGGCUUGCGAUCUCUGGCAGACUCGGUCGGAUGCGAGUUACAUAAGCGUAUGAAGUUAUACAAUCCAGACAGCAGCUAUUACGCAGCACCUUUUGCAGACGGUAUGAUUUGCUGUGAUAGUACCAAGUAUAAAAUGGUAUGUUUUUUGUAACUUUAGUCGAGAGCAUUUUGUGUUUACCUUUUUCAUUUUACUGUAUUUUGCGAUAAUCACCCUCUUUUUUCGUCUUUUGUUAACACAGUAACAGAUUACGCUUGUUGCCUUAUCGAUAAUAGUAUGUAUUUAUCUCGACGAGGCGUGCGAGGCCUGUUCCAGCGAGAUCUGGAUCCUUUACCGCGGUGAAGUACAUACGAAUCGGACGCUCACCGUCUGCCUGACUGUACUCUCUUUACUUUCGCCCCAAAUCAUUUGGGAGGGGAAGGAAAGGCAACUUUUUAUUUAUUUGUCUUUUUUGACGGUUUUAUUUGAACAUGUUUAACAUUCUAGAUGCACAAUAAUUCUUUAUAUGCUAAUUGAAUUGAAAAAAAUAAAUAAAAUCGAAAUGAUGUAAA